AUGUUGCCCAUACUACGAACCAUACGGUUAUUAGUGGCAAUUCAAAUAAUUACAACCAUCCGCGGUGAGGAUGGGUUCGGUGAACAAAACGUGCACUUGCAACACUUCGCCUCAAAUAAUGAAAACACCAAUGGUCUUUCAUUCAAUACUAAUCUUUUUGAAAAAGAUCCAAACGCCCAGUCUGUAAGUGUAAACAACGUUCAAUACCAACAAAAUGAUUACACGAAUGGUAACAAUGAUUUUAAUCAGCGGUCGCCGUAUGCCAGAAGCAAAAAGGUGUAUAGAAUAAAAAAUCCCUUCCAAACCCAAAAAGAAGAUUCGGAAAGGCAACAGGAAAACACUUCGUCACAAGAUAGUGGAACCGGGGCUAGUAAUCAGUAUGCAUCUGUACAGUACUCUUUACCACCAGAGGAAUUCCUAAAGCAAUUGAGGGCCGAAAGUCAGUAUUACCAGCAAUCACAAGUAUCAACACCAGCUUCUAAUUUAGGGUAUACAGCAACCCCUGCACCACAGCAACAAUAUCAAUACUCAACAAUCCAGUACUCAACAGUUUCUCAACCUACGUAUGAAAAUAGUAACCAACAAGGUAAUAAUCAAAUGCCUUUAGAACCCAAAUCAUCAUAUGGUUCUACAUAUGACUCUAGUCCUAGUCUGUAUCAGUAUAGUACAACAAGUACUUUCUUAGAUAACACUCAAAGCACUCCUAGUCCUGGAUUCUCACAUUUAUCGACCCCUUUAAACAAUGGCCAAUAUAGUAGUCAAUCAAGUACGUAUGUCUCCAGCGCUUCACCAGUGUAUGUUUCUAGUCCCUCAAAUCAACAAUCAUUUUUUUCAUCCCCACUGUCUAUGAUUCAAACUGGUUCACCGGACUAUGGCAACAGAGUUACAUCCACAAUAAGUAACAAUCAUGGAAACUAUGAAAAUAAUGAUUAUUCUGCUGGCAGAUAUCCAAUAAACAUACAACAACAAUAUCAAAAUGAUUAUUCAACUACGACAACUCCAAAUCCUUCAUCAUAUUCAGAACAUAUAAGGGAUAUGUGGCAAAAUAACGUAAACUCUGGUAAUAACGGUGCAUCCGUGCACUUGCAAAACAAUAUGUAUAAUCAGUAUCAAAAGAACCAAUUUCAAAGUAAACAAGAGGACAUGAGGGCAGAUACAUAUGCAGAGAAUACCAAUACACACCGCAUUGGCAGUAUGACUUCAGCAAAUAAUAUGUUUGUCAAUUAUGUUCAACCCGAUAAUCAAGCUUUAAAUAAUUUAAAACUUCGAACAAGAAACUCCGAUCAUGAAAUAAGUCAGACAGGUCUUUACUCAAAUGGUGAUUUUGGGUGGAAGUUAACGGGCAAAAAGCCUUUAACUGAUACACAUUCUUCAUCAAAUUAUUACAGAUAUUCUCCAUCGAAUACAGAAACUUCAGAUAAUACAGCUAUAAGUCAGAUGAAUUUUCAUAUGGGUACUGGUAAGCCCUACAGCCAAAUUUCUAAAUCCACAUCUGAUACUAUUGAUCAAGAAUUCGCUCAAGCGGCUGCAAAUGCACACGAACGAUUUAAACAACAGCAACAACUGCAACAACAGCAGCAACAACAAUAUUCCAAUAUCAAUACUUCCGGAAUGAGCAAUCAUGGUGGUGGGGACCCAAAUCUUCAAGGAAUUUCAUAUUAUAGAAAUGAUGACAAAAAUAAUAAAUUUACAGAUUUAAAUUCAAACUAUUAUUCGCAGGGCUAUUCUCAAAAUGACGUUGUAACGGCCUCACCAUUUUACUUAUCAGUCCCUCGAGAUAAUAUAGAUAACAAAGCAAAAGAACCAUUUGACCAUGAUAAAGCCUUAAAAAAUAUAGUUCCCAUUGGUGUAUCAAACGUAGUUAGUAGUGCCGAAUCGAAACCAGGAACAAGUUCGGAAAACAACAAUAGAUUAUUUUCAUUAAAUUAUGCUAAGGACCAACCAGACCAAAAUAUAAGGCAAUACAUUCGACCUGUAACAGAUUCUUUUUAUAAGGAUCAAAAUGCUUUUUAUGGAUUCAACGUAAAAACUAAAAGUGAUGAUUAUUCACCAGCCGAUAAUUUUAAGAACGCAGAGCAAGAUGGUUAUGGUAAACAAUCUCAAUCUCAAGAGCCAAGUUAUAACCAAGGCUAUUCAAGUUCAACCCAGGGUCUCAGUUACUUAACUCAACCAUCAAAUACUUAUCAGGAUAACCUUCAGUCAUCAAGUACGCAACAGUUUGGAUUACAUCGCAACCAUAACCAAUUACCGACUGAUAUAGCUAGUAUCUUAAAACUUAAUGAUAUGCCCCACAAAUUAACUCAAGGGUUAUCUAGCGAUGCUUUAAAAUUCCACAACAUUAAUUUUGAACACGGAGGCAUACCGUCACCUUUACCUAUGAGAAUUAAUCAAAAUGUCGGUAGUCACCAACUUGAUGUUACGACCAAUUUACUUAACAAGUUGUUACUAAAUAAACAACCGACUAUAAAUAUCAAUCAACCAGGCAUACAUAGUCAAGCUAGUGGUUCAAUGUCGACUAUAAACGGUUUUAAGGUUGUGAAUCCUUAUAACGUAGACCUAAAACUUGUUUCAGAAUUAUUAAAAGGAAAACCUGCUGCAGAUGACACCCAUAUGUUGUCAGUUAGAGACCAAUAUACAAACCCUUCACCAUUAAAUUUAGAUUAUAAUUCUCAAUUACAGUUGCUCUUGAAAAACGAUAAUAAUCGAAAUUUAGUAAAUGAUGGCCUAAGUGCGCUUGGUAGUUCCUUUAUAGAUACGUACAGUAAUAGUAGAUAUCCUUACCAAAAGUAUUCUCGAAGCCAAGAGGAGGAAGAGAGUAUAGUACCUAUUGCUGCCGCCUCGAACACUCAUCCUAUAGGAGCUGUUAUGGAGCCAGAAGAUUCUGCAAGUGAAAGAGAAGUUAACACCGCUGGUGAUUAUACCGCGCAAAGUGAUGUUUUUCAAGAUAAUUUUGAAGAAAUUAGACCAAAGACGCGUUUUAUACCUGGAUCUAGAAUAGUAGGAGAAAGGAAUAGACAUCCGAAUAUACUUAUAUCAGGAAGACACUCUUAUCAAAAGACACAUUUCAAAUCAGACGUAAGUGAGCCUCAUCCUUUGUUAAAACCACCUUCACCACAUCAUUCGCCAAGAGGGAGUCAUAUGAUACUUGAAAAUAAACAUAAUCGCAGGAGGCGCGUGCAUAAGCCUAAACUGCUUCGUGUUAUUAAGACUGAGCCGUUAUUUGAAGCGGGUGCACUGCCUGAAAACUUAGAUAAUUCUGUGCCAAUACUAUUGCGACCACCUGCACCUGUUGCUGAAGCGAAAUCUGAUUUUGUAGAUUCAGACCAGACGUUAUAG